CCUGCUCCUUUCACUUCGAGACAAGCCUGUUGACCUCCUUGGAGAUGGCAGAUGUGAUUCUCCUGGUCACUGUGCCAAGUACAUGUCAUACACUUUUAUGGAAGCCCAUUCAAAGAAAAUCGUCAGCUUCGUUCAAGUACAGGUUGGUGAAUCUCCAGAUGUCGCAUCCAGCACAAACAUGGAAAAGAUGACACUUGUGAGAUGCCUGGACGAACUGAAAUCAAAUGACAUCAGCGUGGCAUCCAUUACGACUGAUCGACAUCCUGAAGUCAGAAAGCAUGCUUGAAGAAGAAAUUGGACACAGCAGCUAAAACCAGCCCAGGUGCUCCAUUAAAGCCAUGGGUGCAGCAUAUUUGUAACCAUCUCUACUGGUGCACUUCCACGGCUGAGGGGAAUUCAGAACUGCUACUGAACGUGUGGAAAAGUACCGUAGCUUAUGCAAGACUUCUGAAUACUGUACUGAACCCAAGGCUACUGAAGGAUGUUCAACAACUACCAAGGGUUGGUCAGACAUCAGGGCUCGAGUCAUACCACUCUGUCAUACUGAAGUCCGCUCCUAAGUCCACAGCAUACACACCGAAAGUUAUGCGUGCUAGGACACAAAUAGCUGCCCUGCACUUCAAUGAAAAUGCUGACCGGGAGUAUGCUUAUGGAAAGGAUGGACAGCAGAUGUUCAGGAGGAAGCUCCUAAAAACAAAGAAAGGGGCAGAAGUAGUUUCUACAGUGAAGACAAAGGCCACUUACAAUUAUGUGGCAAACCUUCUAAAGGGGGCUGUGACAGUGUGGGAAAGCACAACAUACAGUGCCAUGGUAGCAGCUCACCAAAGUCCUAAGCCUGCGGCAAUGACUGCAGCUUACCCACGUGAAUCCGAAGAGGUCCUGAUUGCGCGAAGGAUGCUUCGCUUUCCAACAGAGUGAUGUGCAUAACAGGACCCUAACCACAGAUCGUGAAGAGAAUGGCGUAGUCCAGGACACAGAGAGGACAAUCGCAGCAGAAACCUUUUUCCUAGACAAAGACACUUCUAACAUGCGUAUUGUUGGUAAGGACCUCGUAUGCGAAUUUUGGGAUGCUACCA